ACAAGAUGAUCAACAAAAUCUUAGCAAAUGAGAGAUAGCAGUAAAUCUACAGUUAUGCUAAAAAGAUUGAAACAUGUCGGUCAUAUGCAACAACAUAUGAGCAGAAACCUGAGAUUUUCUUUUUACAGUUCUGGAGAUGUAAGUUACACUGACAGUGCCCCAAAUAUCAGUAAAACCCAUGAAUCAGAUUUGGAAACCAAUUGGGAAAGAUUGCUCAAGCCUUUUGAUCUCGAAGAGCUCCGAAAAUCGCUUCCAUGGAUUACCCCGUUUCGUCUGUGCAAGUUACUUGAACUCCCAAUUGACGUCCCAACUUCUAUGGAGAUAUUUCAUUGGGCAGGUAAACAAAAGGGUUAUUGCCAUUCAUUUGAUGUAUACUACUCAUUGAUUGAUAAACUUGGAGUUGCCAUGGAAUUUAAGAUGAUAGAUAAGUUAUUGUUGAUAAUGAAGGAAGAAGAUAUAACUUUUAAGGAAUCCAUCUUUAUCAUGAUUAUGAAGCAUUAUGGUAGAGCUGGUUUGCCUGGGCAAGCCACUAGGGUUCUUUUAGAUAUGAUGACUUCAUUCUCUUGUGAGCCAACUUUUAAAUCCUACAAUGUUGUUUUGCAUAUACUUGUGGAAGGAAAUUGUCCUGAAGUUGCCCCAAAUGUGUUUUAUCAGAUGUUGAAUAAGGGUAUAUCUCCUAAUGUCUAUUCUUUCGGUUUAGUAAUGAAAGCUUUGUGCUCCAUUAACGACGUAGAUACAGCUUGUUCGCUCCAAAAGGACAUGAUGAAAUACGGUUGUGUACCCAAUUCGGUUAUUUACCAAACCCUAAUACACGCGCUCUCGAAGUCCAAUAGAGUAAACGAGUCUUCCAAACUUCUAGAAGAGAUGUUCCUAAUGGGAUGCACUCCCGAUGUUGAGACAUUCAAUGACGUAAUCCUUGGACUCUGCAGGAGCAACAGAGUGCCAGAGGCCGCGAGAAUGGUUGAUCGUAUGAUCACAAGAGGGUUCUCUCCAAAUCAGAUAACCUACGAGGUUUUGAUGCGCGGUUUAUGCAAGAUGAAGAGAGUAGACCAAGCGUGUGCCUUAUUGGAGAAAGUACCUAAUCCAUGUAUAGUCUUGUUCAACACGUUGAUCUCUGGAUAUGUUAGCGAUGGGAGGCUUGACGAGGCGACAGCUGUCAUGAACGAUGAUAUCCCUAGAAAUGGCUGUGAGGCGAAUGUCUACACUUACACUAUGCUUGUCCAUGGUUAUUGCAAAAUGGGUUCUUUAAGUUUGGCUUGUGAUAUGGUCAAAGAGAUGGAAUCAAAGGGUUGUGAGCCUAAUGUUUAUACUUAUACAAUUUUGAUUGAUUCCUUUUGCAAGAGGGGGAAAUUAAAGGAAGUUGGUUAUAUAAUGGAAGAGAUGUCAUUCAAGGGGAUAUCCCUUAAUGAAGUUGGAUAUAAUUGCUUGAUUUCCUCUUUGUGCAAACACAGUAAGAUCGAUGAGGCUUUACAAAUGCUAAACAACAUGUCAAACAAAGGAUGCAAACCGAAUGUAUUCACUUAUAACUCAUUGAUAUUCGGAUUGUGCAGAGUCGAUCGAUUGGAAGAAGCCUCGAUAAUGUUUCGCGAUAUGGUUCUAGAUGGGGUUAUCGCGAACACGAUAACGUACAACACAAUGAUUAACGGUUUCUUAAGGAAUGGUUUAACGGAAGAUGCACUUAAGCUUGUAAAUGACAUGCUAUUUAGAGGUUGCCCACUCGACGAAAUCACUUGUAAUGGAGUUAUUAGGGCACUUUGUAACGACGGAGCGGUUGAUAAGGCGAUGGGAUUCUUUGAGGAAAUGAUUGGAAAGGGAAUGAAGUUGAGUGUUGUUUCUUGCAACAUUUUGAUUAACGGGUUUUGUAGGACUUCAAAUGUACAAAGUGCGCUCGAGUUUUUGAGGGAUAUGGUGCAUCGAGGAUUGACACCGGAUAUUGCUACUUAUAAUACCUUAAUUAAUGGAUUAUGCAUUAUGGGACGUAUUGAAGAAGCUAUGAAUUUGCUUGAUAAGUUAAGGUCAGAAGGAAUAUCUCCGGAUGCUAUCACUUACAACACAUUGAUAAGUUGUCAUUGUAAGUUAGGGAUGUUGGAAGAAGCUCGUGUAAUUCUUUGUAGAGGCGUGAAUAAUGGGUUUAUACCAAACGAUGUUACAUGGUUUAUAUUGGUGAAGAAUUUUGUAAAAGAAUGCAGGUAA